CCGUUCCAUUGUCUCCGCAACCUGUUAGCAGCGGGUGGCAUCAGCCCAGCAGGUGUCCUUAAAGUGCAACCUGCUUUAAGGCCUCUUCGAUCCAGGGAUUUCCCUCAGAGAUAUUUCCAAAAAACAAAUCUCAGACUAAUUUUGCCAAGGGAGAUGUGAAGAAACCCCCAGUUAAAAGACACAGACUCAUGACAAUUUCCUGCCGUGUCUCGUCUCAUUUCCUUAUUCCGCAGAGCGACUACAGCGAGGCCAAGACGCACUUGGAGCAGCUGCAGCAGACGCUCACGCACCUGGAUCACACCCACACUCAUCCGCAUCCGCAUCCGCAUCCGCAUCAUCAUCAUCCCCACCACGCCCACUUGGGGCUGUACCAUGGAGCGCCCAACACAUCGACGAUAACCACCGACUCGGUGGUUUCCUGUGUCAGUUCCACGCUGCCGGCGGUGGCCAAGGCUAUUUCCUCUUCCUGCGUCAAUCUGGAGACGGAGCGCAAGAAGUCAUGCCAUGCCAGCGACCUGGAUGCAGCCGGGCAUGGUCUCAUGGAGGCCAUUUGCAUUGGCCAGAAGACAUCGCCGUUGCCAGUGGCAGUGGCACCGCCGCCUCCAUGCUGCUUGACCCUGAGCGGUAGCUCCACGCCGCCGGCUCCCAUAGCCACGGCGGCGCUGAUGAAUGCCUCGUCCGGAUCCUCCAGCUCAAGCGGAGCAAGUGCCUCACUUUGCAAUGAUCUCACUAGGGAAUCCUCUUGGUAUGCCCAUCAUCAUCAUCAUCACCACCAUCAUCAUCAUCAGCAAUUGGCCGAUGAAUUGGUUAUGUAUGCCACGCCCACUCCUGCUCCGUCAAUCGGAAAAUUUGGACUGGACACUUCCACCGAGGGUUACCUGAACGCAAGGUACAAUGUGAAUGUCAAAGGCGUGCGCCAUGAGAGAACAUCCACUUUCUUCGACAUACCCGCUGUGACGCACCCACACUCGCAUCCGCAUCCGCACCCGUACUGCUACAGAUUCCCAUCAUCGCCACCCGCGGGCAUUCUGAAAAAGAGCGACGAAGCUGCUGCCGCCGCCGCUGCUGCUGCUGCUGCAGCAGCCUACUGCAGUGAUGUCUCCUCCGGCCAGCACUUUCCGCACCACACGAAGAUCGAACAUGCGGAUUCCACCACGACGGCAGCCCAGCAACAGCAGCAGCAACAACAGCAACAGCAGCAACAACAGCAGCAGCAGCAACAACAGCAACAGCAGCAGCAGCACCACCAGCAGCAGCAGCAACAGCUUCAACAGCAGCAACUGCAACAUGCCGCUGCACUGCAUCCCCAUCACCAUCACCAUCAUCCCGGACACCACCACCACCAGCAGGCAGCGGAGCAGCAGGCCGCCCACCUAACCCACCUGACACCGCUUCACGCCGCCUCCGCCUUUAAGUUUAGCCACACGGCGGUCAUAUCCAGCUCCGCGGUCUACGCCACGCCCUCGCACUACGCCCACCAACAACAGACACAGACGCAGUCUGUCUACCGAGAACUCUCGCCCAGCUCCGUGGCUGCGGCAGUGAGUGAUCCGGAUUUGAAAUACGACAGCGGUCCCUACAAUGCCACCAUCUCAUCCACCUAUCCCACUGCACUGAGGCCCAAUGUUGUGGACUCCACCACUUCCAGCGAUGCAGAGCUGCGCCUGGAUCAGUUUUAUGCCAGCAAUGGCAUCUCCACCAGCAGCAAUGGUCAGACGAUCAGCCAAAGGAGAGGAUCUUUGCAGCUAUGGCAAUUUCUGGUGGCCCUGCUGGAUGAGCCCACAACCAGCGCCAGCUGCAUUGCCUGGACUGGACGUGGCAUGGAAUUCAAGCUGAUCGAACCGGAGGAGGUGGCCCGACGUUGGGGCCUCCAGAAAAACCGACCGGCCAUGAACUACGACAAGUUGUCCCGCAGUCUCCGCUACUACUACGAGAAGGGCAUCAUGCAAAAGGUGAAUGGUGAGCGGUAUGUCUAUCGCUUCGUUUGCGAUCCGGAUGCAUUGUUUAACAUGGCCUAUGGCCACCUAACCACCGGAUCCACUGGCGGCAAGGGUGACCAGCAUCAGCAUCAGCAGUUGACACUGUCACUGGCCAAGACCCCACCGACAUCCAGUGACUCGCAGACGCAUUCGCCGCGUGUGGCAAAGUCGGAUUAUUACGAUACCGCUGGCUUGCAUAAAUAUUAGCCACUCCAGCAUACGUGUAUGUAUGGGUAUUCAUAUGUGGGCGGAACGUGGGAAUGCGGCCGAGUGGGCGUGGCCGGGUCCCCUGUACAUUGUGUAAUCUAGUUGCGUGUGUAUGUUUGAAUUUUGGGAACGAAGGUUUCGCCACGAUGAGCUGCGUGAGCCUACAUAUUUAUUGAUUCCGAAGGCCGCCGUCGCCGCCGGGCUCAUCAAAGCGGA